AUGGAACCAUUGAAGUUAACCGCAGCCCUUUCAUCCAAUCCCGAUCAUACUGAUAAAUUGAUUAAAGAGAACAAAGCACUGAAACAAAAAGUUGAUGCAUUAGAAAAAGAAAAUAUGUUAUUAAAAAAAUCCAUAUAUGAUUUAUCUGUAAAGUUUUCUGCUUCUUCCCAUCAAAGAGUUAGUCCUUUCAUUAUUGACCUAGAAGCUUGCGGUGUUGUUCCACAGGAUAAUGGUGGUGGUAAAGAGAUUAGCUUAGAGAAUUCUACUUCUGGUAAUAAUGCGAUUGAAAAACAUCAUGAAGGAAGAACUUUUCAUCUAAGAUCUGAAUUUAAGGGACAUGGAGGAGCAGUUCACGCAAUACAUUUUUCACCAUGUGGAAAAAUGCUUGCGUCUGGAUCAUUUGACAAAACUGUUCGAAUAUGGGAUACCAUAUCAUUGCAAAACGAGCAAGCAUGUUUAAAGGGACAUACGUUAAAUAUAUCAGAUGUUUGCUGGUCUCGUGAUUCAACAUCAUUAUUAUCAGGAGCUUAUGAUCAAACAUGUAAAUUGUGGGAUGUAGAAACGAACAAAUAUAAUUCAUUUGAAAGUGAAGGAUUUGUCCAAUGUGUCAUGUUCAAUCCUACAGAUAAUAAUUUGUUUGCAAGUGGAACUUCAAGAAAAAUAUUAACAUUAAUAGAUAUUCGUAAACCUGAAAGAGCGCUUGAAUUUAAAAAUGAUGGAAUGAUAAAUUCACUUUAUGUUUGUCAAGAUGGGCAAAAUAUUAUUACUGGAGAUUCAAAUGGAUUCCUAAAAACAUGGGAUAUCAGAACCGGAGACGCAUUAGAAUCUAUUCUGAAUGAACCAACAAGGAAGCCGAUUUCACAUAUUGCUGUUUCAAAGAAGAGUCUUGGUGAUGAGGAAUCUAGAUAUAUGGCAGUUAAUAGUUACGACAAUGUUAUAAGAAUUUAUGAUCGUGGAAUUGAGCCACCGAAAUCUCAACUGAGAAUCGUUCACGUAUUGAAAGGCUACAAGAAUAAAGGAUGGCCUAUAAGGUCCUCCUAUUUCCUCAGGAAAGAUUAUCAAUAUUCAACAAUACAAAGGUCAAUGCAUAAUGAUAUUUUUGAUGCUGGAGAUCCUAAAACAGACCCCGCGGACAACGUUACAUAUGAGAGGGACAAGCCAUUGGAAACAAGUUUGUUAUUGGCCACAGGAAGUGCAGAUCCGUAUGCGUACCUGUAUAAUGUUGGUGGACCAGAGGGAACCGGUGAAUUGAUUCAGAGAUUGGAAGGACAUACGGACUUUGUGUAUGCAGUUGAUUUUCAUCCAUUUGAACCGUUAUUGGCUAGUUGUUCUGCUGAUUGUACAAUAAAAGUUUGGGCUCCUAAUACAAAAGGAAAGAAAAAAAGUUAG